AUGCAGGAGGGUGUAGUUGGUCCAGGAUCUAAAGCGACUGAGAGGACACUUUCUGAGUACAUGUGGAAAAAUGUAACUUGUUCUCUUCCCCAAUGUGAAAGAAGCGAUACCUUUAUCACGUGUUUCUCCAUUCAGAGUGAAAUUUCUUGGCAGGGACAUGAUUGGCGCACAUGGAGUGAGGUAAUGAAGUACGAUGACAAUAGGCUGGAGUCCUUUGUGAAACAUUCCAUGGAGCAUGUGUCCAUGGCUUGUGUUCACCUGGCCUCCAAAAUAGAAGAGGCUCAGAGACGAAUCAGGGAUGUCAUCAAUGUAUUCCAUCAACUUCAGCAUGUGAGAGAGAAAAAGAAACCUGUGCCUCUGGUGCUGGAUCAAGAGUAUGUUAAUGUAAAGAACCAGAUUAUAAAGGCAGGGAGACGGGUCCUCAAGGAAUUGGGCUUUGUGUCCUGUGGAGCACCUUCACGCCUUCACGAGACAAUCGUUAUGCACCUUCAGGAGUUAGAAUGUGAGCGCAAUGAACCACUGGUCCAGACUGCAUGGGCCAGGUGUAUGAAUGACAACCUUCGCACAGAUGUGCGGUUCCAGCCUGAAAGCAUUGCUUGUGCCUGUAUCUACCUUGCUGCCUGGACACUGGAGAUCCCUUUAUCCAAUUGGUUUGGAGCAACUGAAGAAGAAAUUUGCUUUAAAAUCUUGCAGCUCUAUACACAGAAAAAUGUUGAUUUGACACAUCUAGAGAGUGAAGUGGAAAAGAGAAAGCAUGCCAUCGAAGAAGCAAAGGCACGAGCAAAGGGUCUGCUCCCAGGGAAUGUGCCAGGUCUGGACAGCGCUGCAGGGUUCUCACCUGCUCCCAAGCUGGUCGAGUCCCCAAGAGAAGGGAAAGGGAGCAAGUCCUCCCCACUCUCAGUAAAGAAUGCCAAACGGAGAAUGGAAGGCCCAAAGAAAGGCAAGGGUGACAGCCCUGUCAAAGGCCUGCUAAAAGGGCGGGAGAGUCGAAGUCGAAGCAGGAGUCGUGAGCAGAACUACUCAAGGUCCCCAUCACGGUCUGCUUCUCCAAAAAGAAGGAAAAGUGAUAGUGGCUCUACCUCAGGUGGGUCCAGGUCACAGAGUCGUUCUCGGAGCCUCAGUGUCUCAGAAGUGAGGGGCUCCCGGAAAUCCAAGGACUGCAAGUACCUCACCCAGAAGCCACACAAUGAAUCGUUGCUUUGCUUUCCCACACGCAUAAAUGCUGUGCUGCAAAGCCGGAAGCGCUGCGAAGCCGGAAGCGCUCUCCUCGGGAAGCGAUGUGGCCAUGUGAUAAUCACCUGCAGGGUUGAUGGCUUUAGCAUAUUCUUAAGGAUUGUGGAAAAACUUGAGAAAUUUGAGCUUGAAAAGCCAAUGAGUAUUAGAAAUGUAGAAGAUAAUGCCGAGAGCAGUGCAGUUGAUAAGAAUUCUGCCAUGUGUAAUUUUAAAGGGAAGUUUUGA